CACUGCAAAGUCAGGAAGGCUGAGUCGGCGAUCGUGUUCAACACUUUGGAAAACAUGAGUCUUUCCAUUAACGAGAAGAUCCUGCGGGAAUGUCACUUGCUGUACAUGGAUUCUGAGUGCGGUCUAGUGCGCAUCGCCAGCCAUCUGGGUCUAGGUCUCUUAGUCCCAAGGAAGAAAAUCAUAGUAAUGCUGAUGGGAAACCAUUCGGCCGGCAAGAGUUCAUUCAUCAACUGGUACGUUGAAGAACAUAUACAGAAAACGGGAGUUGCAACAGAAACGCAAGGAUUGACUUUUAUUACCAGCGGUAAGAAAAGAGAAUCGCUCACGGGCAAAGCUACACUCCAUCUCUACCCGCAUUUCCAAAAGCUGGAACAGAUUAAGGGUUUAGAAGAGUACCUGUCUACAGAGGUCAGCAUUUCCAAGCAGAAGAAUUUUAAUUUAGUGAUCUUUAUCGAUACCCCAGGACUUGUUGAUGGAGAUAUGACUUACGAGUUCGAUGUUGACAAAGCGCUUAUUGAACUGGGUGAACAGGCCGACUUAAUCUUUGUCUUCUUUGAUCCAAUGGGCCAAGCCCUGUGUAAACGGACCCUGAACGUUGUGGAAAAGCUGAACGAGAAUCAGGGCAAUAAGAUAAAGUUUUACCUCAGCAAAGCGGAUGAAGCUGGCCCUGAGACUGACAGACAGAGAGUGAUGAUGCAAAUAGUACAAGAACUGUGCAAAAGACCGGGACUGAACAAGUGCGGCUUUGAUAUGCCAACCAUUUACAUCCCAGAUCCAGACAGACCAUCGCGUUGCGUGAAUCAGAUUCAGGAGGUAUGCGCAACCAUAGAAAAAACAAUAAACCGGACUGUUCAAAACACGCUGGACCAGCUCGAGAAAGACUGCGGACUCGUCAUUCAGGCAGCCCAGCAGCAACUAAAGAAGAACAGCGAACACGAAUCAAAGAACAGGGAUGCCUGGAUUAAGAGUGCGUUCUUCAGUUCUUUGGCAUUCCUGGUACCACUGUCACUGUUGACAAGUUUCAUAAUUUCGAAUAUAUCAAGAGAAUUUCUUGUUGAUUUCAUUGGAGAGGAAGCAGCCAAAAGUUUGCUGAUUUGGGCGUGGAUUGUAUGUACUACAUGGGACUGGUUAGCUGGAGGCAGCUACGUCUUGGCUGUAAUUGUUCUGAUUGGAUUCAUAUUCGUUUCGACGCUCCUUUCAAAAUGUUGUUCCAGCAUGAAACCUACUCUAUUGAGGAAGGAGCGAAAUAGACUGCAGGCGAACCUUGACUAUGUCCAGUCUGUCAUUGUUGAGAAAAAGGCGCAACUCCAAGAGAUGUAUCUCUCCCAGUGUGUCUCUGAGCAGGAUUUGAGCUGAAGCUGGCCAAAACAGUGAAACUUUGGAAAGUACUUCACUUGAGAUAAUAGUGAAGAUAUUUCUAUCCAUUUUGCCCAUAAUUCGCGGCAUUUCUCGCUGAGCUGAAUCAUCAAUUGGAGUUAAACGGCCCAGCUAAUUGUUGCGGUCUUUAAUGACCAUAUGAUCACUGCCUUUCCAAUUAUCUGCCUCUCCUAUCCCAAACAACUCCCACUCCCACCGUUUCUUUUGACCACGUCACAUGUUUUCUAAAUAUUUUGGCUGCACUUAAAGAUCAUUUGAGGUGCGGACAUGCAGGCAUUAAGUCCUUUUCAGUGCAUGCUGGAGUAGCGGCUUUAAUUAUUUAUGAAAGCAGCCAUAAAGUAUUUUCGUUUAUAAACUGUCUGUAUAUCAGUCCUUGUUAUAAAGUUUGGCUGUGUCGACAGACCAGCUGCUUCCAUGUCAGCAAGUGUCUCAUGUCCGGUAAUUGUAUUAUAUUUAUUUCUGUUUCUCUCUAUUUUCAUUUAACUGUUUUGACAUGAAAAGUCACAGCCGCUUAUGAUCACAUGUUAGCUUGUCCCCCAAUCCCACCAUCGCUUCUAUUUUCUCACCUGUCAUGGAAUCAUAGAAUCGGGCAAAAGGACAAUGGUUUGUUCGGCCCUUUUUGUCAAGACUGAACCUGAGGCCUAUCAAUGCAAAAAUCCAUUUUUCUGUAUUAAAUCUGUAUCCCUUUAAACAUUUCCAAAUACCCUAUAAAGGUUAUGAUUGUGUCCGCCUUUACCACCUUCUAAGGCGAAGCUGGCCCCACUCGCUUUAAAGAUAUUUCCUCUGGUGUUUGGCAUUUCGAUCCUGGGAGCAAGGCUCUGGCUGUCUACUCUGUUUACUCCUCUCAUAAUUUGGUUCAUCUCUAUCAUGAAACUCUAUGUUGCAGAGAAAACAAUUUAAGUUUGGCUAAACUUCCCUUGUAGUUAAUACAGUCCAAUCAAGGCACCGUCUUUGUGAACACUGCCACACCUUCUCCAAACCAUUCUCAUCCUUGCCAAUUUUUGGU